AAGUCACUCAAUUUGAAAAUAUCACAAACACCCGUUUUGUUUAUAAAAUAAAUAUUCAAUUCACGAUAAGAAUAAACAAUUUUUUGUGAAAAACUGAUAACAUUCGGUCGCGGAUCAACGUAUUUACCAAUCUCCCCACUCACUCGUUUUAUUACCAUUUAAAAACAUAUCGCGAGUGCAGUAAAACAGUUCGUGGUGUGUAAAAUGGUCCAAGAAGACAACCAAUUCGUGCUCGAGGGGCCUCCGCCCCUGCAGCCCCUCCCCCGUCUCUCCCUCGGCCGCCUCGUCUACGACAGUCUCCUCGCAAAUAUAAAAAAAGGCGACGCUUUUGUGGAUGCGGCCACCGGCGCGACCAUCUCCUACCUCGACCUCCUGAAAACCUCCUGCGCGCUGGCUGAAAGCCUCCUGAAACGGGGCUACGGCCGCGACACCGUCAUUUCAGUCAGCAGUGAAAACAACUUGCAGUUUUACAUCCCGGUGAUUGCGGGUCUCUACGUGGGGGCUGUGGUGGCCCCCUUGAACCAUAAUUACACGGAGUACGAGGCCACACACUCGCUCAACAUCUGUAAGCCCCAAAUUGUCUUUGUCUCAAGACAGGUGGCCCAGAAAUUCGUCCAAUUGAAAACACGAUGCGGUUUCAUGGAGCGAAUUGUGGUGAUUGACUCUGAUGAUGAGGUGUACGGCACCGAAACGUUGGGGGGGUUUAUUGAGAUGGGGCUACGGGGCUUCGCCCCUUUGUGUCGCUUCCCGGGGGUUGAUUUCGAUCCCGACACCCAAAUUGCGUUUAUUAUGUGCUCCUCGGGGACUACGGGGCUCCCCAAGGGGGUGAUGCAGACCCACACUAACCUCAUGGUGCGAUAUAUGCACACAAUUGAUCCGAGAUAUGUCCAAAAAUCGGAGACUUUUCUCGGGAUUUUACCCUUUUUUCACGGUUUUGGGUUAGUUACGAAUUUUUUUGCACUAGUUCAAGGGGAGAAAAUCGUUGUGAUUAGACGAUUUGAGGAGAGAUUGUUUCUUAAAGCUGUGCAAGACUACAAAAUUCCGAGUUUGUGGCUUGCGCCCCCUUUGGUUGUCUUGCUAGCGAAGAGCCCCCUUGUGGACCAAUACGACUUGUCUUGUGUCAGGGAGGUGACAAGUGGGGCUGCGCCACUUAGUAAAGAAACCGAGGAGUUGGUCAAGAAGAGGUUAAAGAUAAAGGGGAUAAGACAGGGCUAUGGCCUCACUGAGGCCACUUUGGCGGUUAUCAUGAUGAGUGUCGGGGAUACUAAACCCGGAUCUUCCGGAAAAGUCGCCUCUUACAUGAAAUGCAAAGUCCGGGAUCCGGAAACCGGAAAGUCGCUCGGACCCGGAAACGUGGGAGAGUUGUGUUUCAAAGGGCCGAUGGUAAUGCCAGGGUACUACAAUAACGAGGAAGCGACCAGAAAUUCGUUUACCAGCGAUGGGUGGCUUUUGACCGGAGAUUUGGGUUAUUAUGACCAUGAUGGGUAUUUUUUUAUCGUUGAUCGGUUGAAGGAAUGGAAAGUUUCGUCGCAGAAACGCCUUCGUGGGGGGGUGAUUUUCGUCCCCGCCAUCCCCAAAAACCCCUCCGGCAAGAUUUUGCGUCGCGAUCUGAGAAAAAUGCUGUCUGAAUUCAAAUCAAAACUUUUUGUGACAAUGCUCGAAGACAACCGAUUCGUAAUCAGUGGGCCCCCACCCCUGCAGCCCCUCCCCAAAAUCUCCCUCGGGAGGCUCAUCCACGACGGCCUUUUGGCCAAUUUUCACAAAAAACAGGCCUUGGUCGACGUUUCCACAGGCGAGUCAAUUUCCCACAAGGAAAUUUUCGAAAAAUCGUUUUUUUUGGCCUCAACUCUGCUCGAAUUCGGUUAUGGCCAAAACACAGUUGUGGCAAUUUGUAGCGAAAAUAAUUUACAAUUUUAUAUUCCAAUCAUUUCGUGUUUUUUUAUGGGGGCUGUGGUGGCCCCCAUUAACCAAAAUUACACCGAAAGUGAGACUCUUCACUCGUUGAAAAUUUGCCAACCUGAAGUAGUUUUUUGUUCAAAACAAGUCUCACCGAAAUUUAUUCAACUCAAAAACCGGUUCAAAUACCGAAUUGUCAUAAUUGAUGCUGAAGUUGGCGUCAAAGGGGCCGAAACUUUGGGUAGUUUCACCAAAAAAAAAAGUUUGGUUAGGUUCAAGUUGGGGGAUUUUGAUCCUGAGACUCAAGUGGCGGUCAUCAUGUGCUCAUCGGGGACCACAGGGCUGCCAAAAGGCGUAAUGCUCACGCAUACCAACCUCAUGGUGCGGUAUAUGCACACCAUUGAUCCACGUUAUGUCACUAAAAGUGGUAAUUUCCUCGGGGUUUUGCCCCAAUUCCACUGUUACGGUUUAAUAACAAACUUUUUCGCCCUUGUUGAGGGCCAAAAAAUCAUUUUGAUGAAGAAAUUCUCCGAUGAAAUUUUCCUUCAAACAAUUCAAAAUUACCAAAUUUCGACUUUGUUUCUUGUCUCUCCUCUGGUUGUUUUGUUAGCGAAGAGCCCCCUUGUUGACAAGUUUGACUUGUCUUGUGUCAAGGAUAUAGUAGGCGGGGCGGCCCCUCUUAGUAGGGAGACCGAAAAAGCGGUUAUAACCCGGUUAAAAAUCCCGGCGGUUAGACAAGGUUACGGUUUAACCGAAGCCACACUUUGUGUCCUGAUGAUGAAUGUUGGGGAUUCGAAACCGGGUUCGUGUGGUAAAGUCGUCUCUUAUGUGAGUUGCAAAGUCCGGGAUCCGGGAACCGGAAAGUCGCUCGGACCCGGAAACGUGGGAGAGUUGUGUUUUAAAGGGCCGUUGGUAAUGAUGGGUUACUACCAUAAUGAGGAAGCGACCAGAAAUGCGUUUACCAGCGAUGGGUGGCUUUUGACCGGAGAUUUGGGUUAUUAUGACCAUGAUGGGUAUUUUUUUAUCGUUGAUCGGUUGAAGGAAUUGAUCNCGUUUACCAGCGAUGGGUGGCUUUUGACCGGAGAUUUGGGUUAUUAUGACCAUGAUGGGUAUUUUUUUAUCGUUGAUCGGUUGAAGGAAUUGAUCAAGUAUAAGGGUUUUCAGGUGGCGCCAGCUGAACUCGAAGCUGUCAUUUUGAGUAAUCCGAAAGUGCAAGAUGUGGGGGUUGUGGGACUCCCCGAUGAGAGUUGRGGGGAAUUACCGGUGGCGUUUGUUGUCAAAAAACCAGGGUCGGAUUUGACUGAAAAGGAAGUCAUCGAUUUUGUUGCAGGGAAAGUUUCGUCGCAGAAACGCCUUCGAGGAGGAGUGAUUUUCGUCCCCGCCAUCCCCAAAAACCCAUCCGGCAAGAUUUUGAGACGAGAAUUGAGAAAUUCUCUCAUUAAUCGUCUUGCAAAAUUGUGAUUUUUUUCUGGUUUUGAUUUGGGUUCAGGUUUUGAAUAAAAAUAAAGUGUGUCAAAUCUGUCGAGUCA